AUGGUUUCAUCUCAAGAAACUCAACUGUUGAUGAAACGAGGCAUGGUGUUCCGAUCCCCCACGCCCUACUCUCUUUCUCCGGACAAUGCUGACGUGGAUGAUGAGCUGGCAGCAGCAGCUGCUGGCGUGGCAGGAAGUAGCCCUAGGGUAGGCACAGGAGAAACGGGAGAGGAAGGGAGAAGAAGCAGAGAGGAGGAGGAGGAAGCAGGGGAGGAGGAGGCUGCGGAAGUGUGGCUGCAGCAGCUAGGGAGGCAGGGGAAGAAUGGGAGUGCGUUCGAGGUUGGGAGCGGGAGUGGUGGAAGGGGAAGCAGAAGUGCAGAGGAUUCUAGAGGGAUGGAGAUGGGUGGAGAGGAGGUAUGGAUGCGGGACGGGCUGGAGAGUUGCGAGGAUAGUAUUGGGGGAGGGGCUGAUGCAAGGGGUGCGGCGGCGAUUGCGGAGGAUUGGGGAGAGGAACAGGAGGAGAAUCAGGUGCAGGAGGAGGAGGAGGAGGAGGAGGAGGAGGAGGAGGAGGAGGAGGAGGAGGAGGAGGAGGAGGAGGAGGAGGAGGAGGAGGAGGAGGAGGAGGAGGAGGAGGAGGAGGAGGAGGAGGAGGAGGAGGAGGAGGAGGAGGAGGAGGAGGAGGAGGAGGAGGAGGAGGAGGAGGAGGAGGAGGAGGAGGAGGAGGAGGAGGAGGAGGAGGAGGAGGAGGAGGAGGAGGAGGAGGAGGAGGAGGAGGAGGAGGAGGAGGAGGAGGAGGAGGAGGAGGAGGAGGAGGAGGAGGAGGAGGAGGAGGAGGAGGAGGAGGAGGAGGAGGAGGAAGGGGAGGAAGAGGAGGAGUAG